UAGGAUGCCUGGGAUUGGCUGGCACUGACAUCUAGGGUGCCCACGAACGCUAUUGGCUGGAAAGUAGGUUAGUGGUGCGACAUUUAGUGAGGGCAGAAAGUAGGUCAGGGACGGGCAGCUGUUUCUCUUCCAGUUCCCUGCGUGCGCCUGACGGGUUGAUUCAGACGGGGGAAUAAGGUGCUCGGGUGCAGAGGGUGGAAGAUUUAUCCAGCACAGUAACAACUCCCUCCCUACUCGCUUCCUCAGAGAGAUCCUGUAUAUAAAGACUCGGAGGCAUGAGCGCCUGUAGGUGACUGACUUCCCUUGGCUCCUGGGGGGCCCCAUUAACUCGCAACCCUUUCGCUUCUCUUAGACACAAUCCUUCAGCAGAUGAUCCAAUGGCCGACCAAAGAAUGGAUAUCUCCUCCACAAUGAACGAUUUCAUGUCCCCCGGCUCCACUGACCUCAUAUCCAGCUCCCUGGGAAUGGGAGGGAUCGACUGUAACCGCAAAAGGAAAGGGAGCCUGACGGAUUAUCAGACUGAUGGCUUCUCAUUCGAUGAGGGGAUGGAUACAGACAAGGACGACCCCCACGGACUGUUGGACUUCAGCGAGGGGCGACUUAGAAAUGCUCGGGAAGCUCACAGUCAGAUUGAGAAGCGGCGGAGAGAUAAAAUGAACAGCUUCAUCGAUGAGCUGGCGUCUCUGGUUCCCACGUGCAACGCCAUGUCCCGCAAGCUGGAUAAGCUCACCGUGCUGCGCAUGGCCGUCCAACACAUGAAGACGUUGCGAGGUGCUGCCAACCCCUACACAGAGGCAAACUACAAACCGGCUUUUCUAUCAGACGACGAGCUCAAGCAGCUGAUUCUCAGGGCGGCAGACGGAUUCCUUUUCGUGGUCGGCUGUGACCGAGGGAAAAUCCUCUUUGUUUCAGAAUCCGUUUUCAAGAUCCUCAAUUACAGCCAGAAUGAUCUGAUUGGCCAGAGCCUGUUUGACUACCUGCACCCUAAAGAUAUUGCCAAAGUUAAGGAGCAGCUCUCGUCCUCAGACACAGCCCCCCGGGAGAGACUCAUCGAUGCAAAAACCGGCCUUCCUGUAAAAACCGACAUCACUCCGGGGCCCACUCGGCUUUGCUCUGGGGCCCGACGCUCCUUCUUUUGUCGCAUGAAAUGCAACAGACCUUCAUUAAAAGUAGAAAACAAAGAUUUCCCAUCCAACUGUUCCAAAAAGAAAGCGGACCGGAAGAGCUUUUGCACUAUACACAGCACUGGAUAUCUCAAGAGCUGGCCGCCCACAAAAAUGGGGCUGGACGAAGAUAACGAACCGGACAACGAAGGGUGCAAUCUGAGCUGCUUAGUUGCGAUUGGCCGGCUGCACCCCCACAUAGUACCGCAGCCCGGGAAUGGGGAGAUUCGAGUGAAAUCCACAGAAUACGUGUCAAGGCACGCCGUGGAUGGGAAGUUUGUUUUUGUAGACCAGAGGGCAACUGCAAUCCUCGGCUAUUUGCCACAGGAGCUCCUGGGCACGUCUUGCUACGAGUAUUUCCAUCACGACGAUUUAGGGAAUCUCGCCGAAUGCCACCGGCAAGUCCUACAGAGCAGAGAGAAGAUCACAACCAAUUGUUUUAAGUUCAAAAUCAAAGAUGGCUCCUUCAUCACCCUGAAAAGUCGCUGGUUCAGUUUCAUGAACCCAUGGACCAAAGAAGUAGAAUAUAUCGUCUCCACCAACACAGUCGUCUCAGCCAACAUUCUCGAUGCCGGAGACUCUACAUUCUCUCAAUUUUCAGCUUCUCCCCCGAGCAUGGACAGUGUACUACAGUCUGGUGAAGGAGGCACAAAAAGGAAUCACCCUGCAGUCCCCGGCAUUCCAGGUGGAACAAGUGCGGGCGCUGGCAAGAUUGGCAGAAUGAUCGCAGAUGAAAUACUGGAGUUUCACAGGACAAGAGGCUCCUCCCCGUCAAGCUGUGGGUCUAGCCCCCUCAAUUUCAGCACCCCACCCCCAGAUGCAUCAUCUCCAGGAGGCAAAAAGAUGUCCAAUGGCGGGGGUAUGGAUCCAAUAUCCACAUUAGUGCCUGGAAUGGACAGUUACGGUUUCCCAUACUCAGACAGUUCAUCAAUACCUGGCGACAGUUCUCACAUGGACACGUACAUGACGGAAACGGAUCAAGGCUCCAGUAGCCCCAGUAACGACGAAGCUGCCAUGGCGGUGAUCAUGAGCCUCUUGGAGGCGGACGCGGGGCUGGGAGGGCCGGUGGAUUUCAGCGACUUACCUUGGCCUUUGUGAUCGGAGACCCCGAUAGGGAAGAACCUGCAGUAUCAAAGUGCAUUAUUCAAUCUUAACUGUUUCACUACCAAAGGAGCCAGCACAACCUUGCUCGUCAGAUGUGGCAGUUGCGCUCCCAAUCGCUUUUACACACACAAUCAUGGAAGCCAUAUUGGAUCACUAGUGUGCGUAUACAGGUGCUCGUAUACAGAACUGGGCCCAAAAACUGUCACACUGCAACUGCCACAUCCCCCACCCUGACUGAAUGGACAGCAUUGGGCAGAGGGCUGAGAAAUUGGGCAGAGAAAUUUGGUGACCUGGCCAAGUUUGCAGAUCUAGAUGUUUAUAGGAGAGGGGUGGGCGACCUGCGUCCCUCCAGCUACGCCCCCCGGAGGAGCACAGGCUGCCCCGCCCCAGGCGUAUAUCCCGCAUUAACGGUAUCAUCCGAAAUUCACCCGUUUCCUAUUUUUAAAUCAUGCCGUAAAACCUGCAACUGUAGCUUUUUAUAGGCAAACUGUCAUUUCAGAUGUAAAAGGUUUUUACAUGACAGAGGCGCCCCCUUGUGGCUAUUUCUUAUACUAAUAAUUGUACAAAGUCGUUCUAUUGUAAGAAUCCUUUAUGCUAUCAAUGCUACCGUGUCAGUUUUUUUUUUUUUAAUAAAAUGCUUCUAUAAA